AUGUCCACUUACCUCAUCACCCAAGCAACCGGCCAGCAAAGCCGCUGGGUCAUAACCCACCUCCUCACCGCAGGCGCCAAGAUCCACGCCGUCGUCCGUGACCUCCAAAAGGUCCCAUCCGCCCUCCAGAACCCAAACAUCACCGUCUUCCAAGGAGAGAGCAAGAACUUUGACGACAUUUACCGCGCCGCCCAGGGCUGCAAGGGCGUCUUCCUGAACACCGUCCCGUUCCCUGGCCUAGAAGCUCUCCAGGCCAAGACCGUCGUCGACGCGUGCCGCAAAACUGGCGUCGAGAGCAUCGUCGUCGCCACGACGCACGGUACCGCGAAAAGGGCCAUGUGGGACGACGAAGCGACCGAGAAGAUCCAGCUGCAUGACUACUUCUCGUCCAAGGCCGCUGUCGAGGAGAUUGUGCGCGGCGGCGGGUUUGAAGCGUACACUAUCCUCCGGCCGGCGGUCAUCCACCACGAUUUCUUCGUGCCGGGGGCGUAUGGGAACUUCCCUCGGCUGCCGACUCACGGGGUCCUGGACCAUUUGCUUGAUGAUGGGGCGAGGGUGCCGUAUACAGAUGCCAACGACGUUGGAAGGUUUGCGGCGGCGGCUUUGUGGGAUCCAGUCAAGUUUGGUGGCCAGGAGAUUGAUCUUGGAAACGAGGUGCUCACCAUGGAGGAGGUGCGGGACAUCUUGGUCAGGGUCAGUGGACGAGAGGUGGGCGUGGCAAAGCGGACGGCUGAGGAGGUCGAGGCGAUGGGCAUCAGCGUCUUUGGCCAAAGGUUCCACCUCAUGGCGAAUAUCAAGGAUCUCAGCUGGACUGUCGCAAGUGCGAGGGAGGUUGAAGAGAGGUUUGGGAUUUCCAUGACUUCUGUUGAGGAGGCGUUGCGAAGGGACAGGGCACUUCUCUUGGAAUGCCUGCCGGUCAACUAG